AAUUGGCUGUGGAUUCAUCAUAUGUUUCCCUAUACCCUUACUUCCACAGUGGUGUGAAUCAUAUGUAAGGCUGUAAUGAUGCCACCAACAGAUCCCCAAGAGGGGAGUCACAGAUAUAUUUCUGACAAUGCAUUGAGAAAUGAAUCACCAACAGCCCGAAAUAGAGCAUGGCAAGCACCUCAUUACUCCCUCGGAAAUAACAUACCUCAUCCUGGAAAUAACAACUGUAAACAGGCUAUUCCCGCUGACCAUUUCUUUUACAGCCGGAACAACCCUCAUCCCAAAAGGGUGUAUCAUAUUAGAGGUCUGAAUGAUGCACCUGUCUGUAAGGUGGAUGAUUUUGUUGCAUGUAGCAAAGAACCAUCCAAACCACCAACACCAAAACAAGAGUACAUCAAACCAAUGCGGCCAAUCACUGCGAAUAUUCCUAUAACCGCUCCUUAUCCAGCACAUAUCAUCACAGGAGUACCACAACCACCUUGUAAAGAUGAAGCACAACCUGACAUUGGCUUAUUAUACUCCCAAGCUUGGCGAGAUGAACUGAGGGACCUAACAGCGAGGGUAGAAUUCAUUCCAGAACAAACUUCAGAAGCAAAAGAGGAGGAGAAUGCAAAAUGGGCAACCCAGUCUCCUGCAGAGAGGGGGAUUUUGUGCACUUCUCCAAUAAGACCUAAAUCCCGGCCUGCUUCAAGAUUGGGUUCACAUGCUGGGACCAGUGAAUGCACUAGACCCACUGUGACAGUGGCUGAACGUGAAGUUCUUGUCCUGGAACUACUGUCACAGAUCUUACAAACUGAUUCACUCCAAGCUGUACAGCAGUGGUUACUCAUAACAGGACAAAAAGGUUAGUGAAGCAGUCCCGAUUAUCAUAUAGCAUAACCUUCUCAACUCCUUACAUUUUAGUGGGAUUUUGCUUUAUAUAAAUUGGCUGCCACGCUUUCAAUGAGGUUGCUUCGAAAAACACCUUUCCAUCUACAGUUCAGGUGACCUUACUAACAGCUUCGUUCACCUUCCAGCUGACCCAAGAUGCUACACAAAAUUCAGGGCAAUGUACACAAGGGUUAUUUUACAGUUCCGAACUUUCAAUGUAAUAUUACAACCUCUGUCGGGACCAAUGACUUGAUGAAUGAGAUUUGAACUUUGAAUUGGUAGAUCAAAGAAUAACCAGCAAGAUUUUACAUUUUAAAAGCUUUGACGGCUGAAAGCAUCACUGGCUUAACCUUUGUUUCUUAUUAUAGAUACCUUUUAUUUUCAGAAAUGUUCCCCUUUUUGUACUGUGCAGUCCCCACACUCUCUAUGGAAUUACAGCCCUUAGAGCAAAUAUUCCACAAUUGUUUCCAGUUUCCAAUGGGUUCUUUUAGUCAUAUGGAAUGGAAACAGUUCUCCAACCCAACCCAUCCAAGCUGACCAGGAUUCCCAAACUGAACUAGUCUCAUUUGCCUGCGUUUGGCUCAAAUCCUUCUAAAUCAUUCAACAGAUUGCAUACAGUCUGUUCUGAUAUAAUGCAAUAGUUCAGUUUCUGUACGAUCCCAUAUUUUAAGAAAAUUGGGUAAUAGCAGCACCAUUUAAACCAAUGGGGCCAG